AUGGUUGAUGAAGAGGAUGUAAAUGUAAAAACAAGAAAGCCAAGACAAGUAUCCAUUACAAGAUCAAAUUGCAAGGCAUGCAUAAGAGAAAAAGUGAAUAAAGAAGGACAGUUUGAGGUGGUGGCUCAUGUUAUUCAGCAUAACCACGAGCUAACAAAGCCACAGUGGUAUUAUUUGCAUCGUUCUGAAAGAAAAAUGACAGAGGAAAAAGUUGUAACAAUCAAAACAAUGAAAUCUUCAGGUCUAACUACAAUGGACACUUACAAUUACAUGGCUACAGAGGCUGGAGGAGAACAGAAUAUAGGCCAUAGUGUUGUAGAUCACCUGAAUUUCUGCUCAAGGUUAAGAAUGGAACAAAUUGAGGCUGGAGAUGCUCAAACUUUAGUGAACAUUUUAAGUCAGGAAAAAUCAGAGGAUCCAAACUUCUUUUUUAGAGUGAAGUUUGACAAAGAAGGAAGAAUUUGCAAUAUCUUUUGGAGAGAUUCAAUGAUGCUAGAAGACUAUAGGAUAUAUGGAGAUGUUCUUGUCUUUGAUACAACAUACAGAACCAACAGAUAUAAUCUUAUAUGUGCUCCAUUUGUUGGCAUAAAUAACCACUGGCAUAAUUGUAUGUUUGCUUGUGCUUUUAUUGGGGAUGAAACGACAGAUUCAUUUGUGUGGUUACUACAAACCUUCUUCAAAGCUAUGGAGGAUAGAAAACCAACUUCAAUAUUCACUGACCAGGACCAAGAAAUGGCAAAUGCUAUACUAGAGGUGAUUCCUAAUACAAGACAUAGACUUUGUAUAUGGCAUUUGGAGCAAAAUGCCAUAACCAGAUUUGGAGCUCUCAAAAAAGACAAAGAAUUCAAAUUUGCAUUCAACCAGUGCUUAAAGAUGUGUGUGACAGAACAAGAAUUCGAAGCAAAGUGGCAAGCAAUGUUGCAAAAAUAUGAGUUGACAAAACACUCUUGGUACAAAAGAGUGUAUGAGUUGAAAGACAAAUGGUGUCCUGCCCUUUGUAGAGAUUUCUUUUCAGCAGGGAUCUUAUCGUCACAAAGUAGUGAAAGCACUAAUCAUGCCAUAGGAUUCAGAGCAAGUAAAGCAACUACUUUGACAGAAUUUUAUACCAUAUUUAAGAAGACAACUAAUCGUUGGAGAAGCACAGAGAAAUAUGAUGAGUUUACCUUUAGCAAGUCAAUAGCAUUCACUUCAUUGCCUCUAUCUGGAAUGCUAAAGCAUGCCGCACAGGUUUUCACUUUAUCACUUUUUAGAAAUUUUGAAGAGGAGUUUGGAUACUUUAUGGCAACAACUUUUCAGAUGUUAGGCAGUAAUGAAGAAUGCCUACUUUAUCAAGUAACACUAGAAGACAAGCCAUGGUCUGCACAUCAAACUAAGUUUGCAAAAACAGAGGCAUGGGAUAGGUUGAAGAAUCAGGAUCCUAAACAGCAAUAUAUUCCAUGGAGGCAAACAAUGAUGAGGAAAUACUACAAUCUAAUCUUAAAAAGUCAAGAAAAUGAAGAGACAAGAGCAUUUAUGGAAGAAAGCUUCAGAAACAGUCUUAAAAUGGUGGAAGACUUACUUGCUAGUGCUGCUCAGAAAGAAAGUGCAGAAGCUGCUUCUAACAUUCCUGAUGUGGCAGACAACACUCAAAGCAAUACUGACGCUUCUUCAGCAUCGAGUACAAGCACAUGUGUACCAAUAAUUCUUGAUCCGUAA